AUGGACGAAGGACUCCGCUACAGUUCUUCUCGCGAAACAGCAGUCGGCUCAAGCGAUGAGAGAGAAAAGUUUGAGGGGACGGCAGAGCAGGGUCUUUGUGAUGGCUCAUUAGGAGCAUCUCAUCCUCCACCACCCACUGCUACUCGUUUCUCAAGACUUGCCACUUCCUUUAGAGCACGAACCCCUCGGCUGUAUCAUGCUGCUACUCGAACGGUUACAUACGUUAGAGGACCCAGGCCAAAAAUCGAUCUUCCUAAUCCUGUACCCCUCCUUGGCCGCACGUAUACUAUCAAAGGACGUCAAUUCAACGUCGCACUUGAGCCUGCAAUCAUUCGAUUCACACGUCCACUUACCGCUCCAUGGCUUCUCGUCCUCCUCGUAGCUGCAUACAUCAUCUCCUUUUCCUUCUUGGUCCGCGCACAAUGGUUUCUCAUCCCUGCAAGCUCCUUUGUCGGUUGCACAUCUGUCUACUGGACAGGGGAUGCAGGAUGUGGUCUGAACGGCGCUUUGUGUGAGCCGUUUAGUAAUUCGUCUUUUGAUUUCAGGUGCCCGGCGCAAUGUAAUAGUGUUAUCCUGCAGAACCCACGUGUGGUGGGCGAUGUAGAGGUGGAUUUCGUUCCGCUACUUGUAGGAGGUGGGGAUAGUCAGAAGACAUAUAGAGCAGAUAGUUUUAUCUGCGCUUCCGCUGUUCAGGCUGGCCUUUUCAGCGAUUCGACAGGAGGUUGCGCAUCUAUCAAUCUUGUGGGGAACUUCACAGACUAUUUACCUACAACUGCUUUCGGACUCUCUUCCAUUGGAUUCCCCUCUACAUUCCCGAUGUCUUUUAGGUUUUCACCGUCUAGUAUUCUCACUCACUGCACUGACCUCCGCACACCCGCACUCGCUUUCAACAUCCUCAUGACCUGCCUUCUCUUCCUCGUAUUGCGACCUAGAGCUAUCGUCAUGUGGUGGUGCCUCGUCUGCAUCGGGUUUUGGCACAUCGCAUUAUUCUCUCAGCCCCAGGCAACUCCACCUCCGCUAGAUGUCGCCUUUGGUGCAUUCCUGCCUACCCUUUUCGUCUGUUACGCGUUCUGGCGGGUUGCUGUGAGGUUUACGCUACCUGUGUUCGCAAAUGCGCCGUUUGAAGCUAUGAUUUGGUACCUCGCACCUUAUUGGACCGGCGUUCUGACAAAUCUCACCAUGGACCAAAUCCCUAUUGAGCGGUUGACCGCGGCUGAUAUCAACCAACAACCGGGGGGUCUCGUAGCGCUUAUCAUCAUUGUCCUCAUCCUUUUCGUCCUAGUGGUUAACCAGAUACGUGUCAUUCGGAAGACCGGCUGGCUACCAUACUACCUUGGGUGGUACAUUCUCGGGGGCCUCGUGGCACUGGUGCUGGCGUUGCUGCCUGGCCUGGAGUUCAGGCUGCAUCAUUAUAUCAUCUCAAUGGCGUUGUUCCCUGGUAUUGGCUUCCCGACCAGGCUUUCGGCGAUUUAUCAGGGAUUCCUGCUUGGAAUGUUCCUUAAUGGCGUGGCUGCGUUCGGCUUUGACUCAAUUCUGCAAACCGCUGCUGAUCUUGUCGAAGGCGGCACAACUGGCUCCCCCCUCCCCACCUUUCUCACGAAUUCCACCACUUACAACGCUUCCAUUGCUCUCACCAACCAAACCAUCACCUGGCACAACAUGCCCGCGGCCAUCGCUAACCAAGGUUGGAAUGGCUUCGCAUUGCUGGUGGAUGAUGUGGAAGUGUACAUCGGUACUGCGCUCAACUACUCACUUGCUGCAUUGGAGGCUGGUUUGCCACAUUUCUUCAGGCUUGGUUACACAAUUGGGGAUACGCCUGGUGAUUUUACGAUGCCUGUGACCCUGUGGCCGAAUGGAACUUGGGUGAACCCGUUACCCGGAGCUUCGUAG